AUGGGGAAGGCGGCCGGCGAGGAGGCUUUCUUCCAGAGGGGCAGUCUGUUCUGGUUCACGGUCAUCACCCUCUCCUUCGGCUAUUACACGUGGGUUGUCUUCUGGCCUCAGAGUAUUCCUUAUCAGAGCCUCGGGCCCCUGGGCCCCUUCACUCAGUACUUGGUGGACCAUCAUCACGCCCUUCUGCGUAAUGGGUACUGGCUUGCCUGGCUGAUUCACGUGGGAGAGUCCUUGUAUGCCAUGGUAUUGUGCAAGUCUAAAGGCAUCACGAAUGGUCGGGCUCAGCUACUGUGGUUCCUGCAGACGUUCCUCUUUGGGAUAGCCUCCCUCUCCAUCCUGAUUGCUUACCGACCAAAACACCAAAAGCACACUUAA